AUGGCCCGCAAGCGCAAGGCGGUCGAGAGCGGCAGUACGCGGAAACAACCGAAGACAACCCGCUCGACGCGCUCUGCUGAUGUAGCAGGCAUCGAUGACGCUGGCGCGUCCGGCUCCGCAAUGUCUACAAACACCAAACCGAAGCGAAAUCCCCGGAGAACGGCAAAGGAUCGGUGGGAGGAGGAAAAGUUGAUGACCAGUACCACUUCGCAACUGAUUGAUAUAGACCUUGUGAAACUCCUCGCGCGGCCCGAGGCAUGGGACUGCCUUGAAGAAAGCGAGAAAGAGGAGAUCCUGAGUCUUCUUCCUGAGAGUUUACACCCAAACCGCGAGUCCACGUCCGACGAUCCGGAAGCGAAGAUACCCCCUUUACCUGAGUCUUUCCUGCGCUAUUCGAACUUCUGGCGAGAUAGCAUUCGUCUGUUUCAGCUAGAUCUCCAACAUGGCCGUUAUGACCCUGAAUGGCAACGCCAAGCUCAUGAGGCUGUGCGCGAAAGGGAAAAGGGGAAAUUUGAUCGAUUUAAAGAGGAGGAAUUUGAAGAGUUUUGGGGCCAAAAGCAGAAAAUGGACAAAACUCUUGCCGCUGGACAGAGUUCCCAAGUGAAGUUGACUACGCUCAUUGAGCAUGGAGUCGUGCGCGAAGGCGAUGUCUGGAAGUAUUCGCGAACCUUUGCUGGCAAAGGGCGAGAUAAGAUCUUAGUCGAAAAGGAGGCAAAACUUCUGAAGAUUAAAGGGAAGCGAUUGACUUUUGCGAUCCCUUCAGGCCAACGGGUCUUCCUGCCUGCCAGUCAAACUCCAGUCCGGCAGCAUUCUACGGCAAGUCCUGAGACCAAGGACGAGAUUCCCAAAACCGAGGUCUCCGCGAACGGAGCUGCAAAGGAAAACGAAGAAGCACAGGGGGACACGGAUAACACAAGAAAGUCCGGAUCCUCCAGAAAGCGGAAAUCUGAAGUCGAGCACGAUAGUCGCAAAAAGCGUCAACAGGAACCUAUAUCUUCUGAGGAUGACUCGCAGAAUUGUGAGCCAGAUGACGAUGUUGUCCUUGUAGCCAAUCCUAAAAGCUUGGCAGUGGAGGUCACCAAUCCUCGAGCAGAGGCGGAUUCAUUCUUACCUACAGGGACACUCGACGUUGUCUCAACUAACAGCACAGAAGCAGAAAGUGCUGCCGCAGCAGCAACUGAAGUCCUCCAAGGUAACGUCACUUCUGGUCUAGCGAAGGACGAGGAGUCAUCCUCAACCAACGUGGCCGGUGAUUCGGAUCAGACCUCGGAAAUCAUUUUAGAGAAUAUCGGGGGUCCAAACGCCCUCGCUCUGAAAAUCCUGGAAGUCGAUGGGCGUAUCAAGGACGUUCCUAACGGGAAUGCUUGGAAGGAAUUUCGAUCUUACCGAAACAACCAGGACAUGGGGAGUUUAUGGGAAGUCAGACAGGCUUGGUACCUUAGAGGGAUAUAA